AUGACUGACGCAGCCGUAGCUCCCGUUCACAAAUCACCCAAGAAGAAGACCUCAGCAAAGCCUAAGGUGCCAGCUGCUCACCCGAAAUAUGUAGAUAUGAUCAAGGCUGCAGUCGCUUCCUUGAAGGAAAGGGGCGGCUCCUCCAGACAAGCCAUUUUGAAGUACGUCAUGGCAAACUACAAAGUCGGCACAGACCUGAAAGCAGUUAACUCCAGAAUAAAGAACGCUUUGAAAAACGGCGUCAAAGCUGGUACCCUGAAGCAGUCGAAAGGCACUGGGGCUGCCGGUUCCUUCAAACUCGGUGAAAGCAAAAGCGAGAAACCCAGCAAGGUGAAAAAAGUCGCCGCCAAGAAGCCUGCUGCCAAGAAAGCCUCUACACCAAAGAAGCCAAAAGCCAAGAAAACUACCACCAAGAAGACAGCUACACCCAAAAAGACCAAAGUCGCCG